GUGAGAAAGUUAUCAACUAAACAACAACAAAUUGUCUUUUUGUUUAUUUUAUGAGAUCGAUCAGGAAUUGUUAUUAUGAAUGUUUCGAAAUUAAAAUUAUGACGACUGUUUCAUGACGAGGGAUAAAAUAUCCUGACUGGUUUUUUAGUGAUGUUAUUUCGCAACUGUUUUGAACCGAUAGUUUUACUUACCUGGAAUAUUGGAAUACUUUUAAUGCCAAUAUUAAAUGAACUUUGAUUCAGUAAUGUUGAGAUUCCUUAUUUCAAUUAUUACCGCUCUACCACCACGCUCUGCAAAAGCUCAUACAGUGAUUUAUUGUAUGCAUUUCACGGCUGCCAAACCAUUUUAAACCAUUGAUCUUGCCUUAACAUGGAGACAAAUUGCUCAAAUUGUGAUGAACCUCAUGAAAGCAGUUCCGAGUCAAAUUCAGAUUAUAGCGACAGUGAAUGUUAUUCUGAAGUUGAAUCAAAUUUAGAAUGGAUUCAAGAGAAUUGUGAUUCACAUGGCAACUUGUUUUACUUACAAGCCUUACGUCGAGACUCGAUUAUCAAUCUAGAGAAACCAUCAGAAGCUGAACCAACUGGCACUGGCUCUGACUUCUUAUCUUCUUUUCGAAAAUUGCCCAAAUUUAAAACAGGAUACUCCAAAUUCAGACAUUGGGUAACUGGUGAGAGAAGAGUCAAGACAUCUUUGAAAGAAACAACCAAGCAAAAUUGGUUGAAAAAAAGAGUAAAGAGUUUGACUGGCUCUUCCUCUCAAGGUAUACAAUCUUCAUCAUCUUCAACAUCAUCAACCAGACGAGAAGCUUACAGAGAAGGCCAUAAGACAAUAGAUGGAUCCGUUAAUUUUCCAAAUCCACCUAAAAUAGGAAUUGAAAAUGAGCCAACAUCAAAAGAUUUCCUAUUUAAUUUAGUAAAAGAAGGCUUAAACGAUAGAAGUGAUGAGCAAGAAAAAAUAUUCACAUUGAUGUAUUUGGCAUCACCAAACGACAAUUCUUCUAAUGAUAAGGAUUAUGCAGUUCUUAUUUAUCCCCCGAUCCAAUCGUUGAAUGAAAAUCAAGGAGUGGAGAAUAAAGACGGCUUAAUUGGAGACAGUGGUUUAAACAAUUGGCAAAAAAUUAUCAAACUUAAAGGAAUGUUUGUAUCUCUUUCGCAAGUCAUUAAUGAUAUUACGGGACAAUUACCGAUCGUUUCUGAAGUCUCUGUGAAAGGUAAAUUGGAAUCUCUGACCACUAAACGCGAUACAAGAUCUUUUAAAUCCGAUGAUAAAACCUUCAUAGUCUCGUAUGCUCAAGAAUUCAAUUCAGCUCUGAUACUAUGUUUUCCAGAGGAGAGUCACAAACAAUUAGAAAUAAUUUCCAUGAUUUCUUCGCUUAGUCGAUUCUUUCGAUUUUUAUACAACUCUUUGGAUGCUGCCUUUAAAAAUUGCGACAAUCAUACAAAAAUUAAUCAUUAUUUAUCUAUUUUCCAUUACCUUCUAUCUGAAUCAAAUUCAAAGGAGCCAAGUCUAUGUUUUCAUUUCGACAUGGUCCAGCGUUUAGUUAUUGAAGAUGAUCUGUUGCUUGGUUUGGAUGAAGCCUUAUCUGAAUAUGAAUCAAUGGAUUGGUUCAGUGAUUGUUGUUUUGAGGAAAAUGGGGAAAUCAAUCAUAGCUGUGAUUUACUGAUUAUUGGCUCCGCUCUUUUUUACAAAGGAUUUCUCAUUUCAUCACAUUUACCCGGACACUACUUAUCUGAUGUUGUAUCAUUUAUCAAAUACAGAGGAAUUAUUUCUUUAACAAAACAACAACCAGUUAAAUUAGUGAUUUGGCAAGAAGUCUACCCAUUGUCCGAGAAAAAAGAUACUCUUGCAAAUGAUUUCAAGGAAAACGAUGGAACUCGAUUUUUCCUGCUCGUUGUUGCUGUUGAACAAACAUUACUUUGUACUCUUCUAGAGAUGCCAUUUUUAUGCAGCGAUCUCAAGACUAAACCCAAUGAACUUAUUAUUAACCAAACACUUAGGUUUGUUGCUUCUACUCUCAACCGAUCCGGCCUGAUACAAGAAUUAAAUGAACAUUUAAGGGCCCAAAGCUACUUAUUCACCAAUACAUGGUCCGGUGGAUCUCCUGUUUGUGACCGUAUAAAGCAAUCUUUAUCAGCUCGUGAACUAGCUGAUUUAGGAGGAAAUUCAAAAACUGAAGUCUCAUCCUGUGAAGAAGAUCACUGGUCAGAGAAUAGUUCACUUCCAUCCAACCCGUUGACCAAGUCUUUGUCCAGUCCAUCAAUAUCUGUUUUACAAAGUCAAAGUCAACAACAAGCAUCGACAUCUAUCAAUAAUACCCUAUCUCCUCCAACUCAUCUUUUUUCACCCGCACCAGCUGCACCAUUAUCAUCAACCAGUGCAAGUUCUCUUGAUAAAAACAGUUCUUUCCUGCCAAAUGAAAAUACAAUAGAUACCAAUUCAUGUUCUCGUUCAAGUAUCCCAAGUUGCAUUGAUUAUUAUUCGCAAGACCUGCAUUUUCCGGAUUACCUUUUGUUUUAUAUUGAUAUGGAUCUAAAUUCAAGAACCUUUUACGGACCUGUCAUAACUGAAUCGCAUAAACCUCUUUCCCCUAAUCUGUCCAAGACUCUGCGUGACGUUGCCAUAUAUUUGAGUGAUAAAUUAAACAAACAUUAUCCUGGCUUAACAGAAAUUGGUAAUCAUUUUGAAUUUAAAGACGCAUUUCUCAAUCCUGCUGUUAGAUUCAAAAACAAAAAAUAUAUGGAUUCAGAAUUGAAUCUUUGGGUUGUUGGAAGGAAAGAAACUCCCGACAGAGAAAUAUUCCUCUUUUUUCGCGUUCCAACCAAGGGAAGAAGAUCCAAUUCAUUUCUUCCAACUGAAUCUUUAUUCAAUCGUCUUCUAGUACAAAAUAAAUGACAAAGUUAUUCAAUUUUCAGUUUGCUGAAAACUUCAAACCGUUCAAAGUGUAAUUUUCCCUGUUAAUCAAUCAUUGUGCCUACUGCAAAUCAAAAUUCUGUUUACGUUGAUUAAAAGGCAUAAAAUCCUUAAAAUUUUGGUUAUUUUGAUAAAAUUGAUAAAAUGUAUUUUCUACCAUAAUUUUGCGCCAUGAAAUAAAUUCAUUUGUUAUGCUUUCCGA